GCGCUCGGGCUGCACAGAGCCCUCGGAGCAGCCAUGGAGCCGCGCCCGCCGCCUCCGCCGUCCCGCGCUCGGGGGUCCGGGCUGCUGCUGGCGCUGCUGGCGCUGCUGGCGCAGGCCUGGCCGGCCGAGGCCGACCCGAGGCCGGCGCUGUGGCCCAUGCCGCUCUCGGUGCGCAUGUCCUCGCGGCUGCUGCACGUCUCCCCGGAGAACUUCUUCAUCCGCCACGGCCCCAACUCCACGGCGGGACCCUCCUGCUCCCUGCUGCAGGAGGCGUUUCGGCGAUAUUACGACUAUAUUUUUGUUUUCUACAAGUGGCAUCACGGCCACUCCAGAGUCCGAGCUGGGUCACAGCUGCAGCAGCUUGUCGUCUCAAUUGUCCUGGAGUCGCAGUGUGAUAGUUUUCCCAGUGUGUCCUCAGAUGAGUCCUAUACUCUACUUGUGCAAGAACCAGUGGCUGUGCUCAAGGCCAACAGAGUUUGGGGAGCCUUACGAGGUUUGGAGACCUUUAGCCAGUUAGUUUACAAAGAUUCUUUUGGGACUUUUACCAUCAGUGAGUCCACGAUUACUGAUUCUCCGAGGUUUCCUCAUAGAGGAAUUUUAAUUGAUACAUCCAGGCACUACCUGCCAGUUAAGACUAUUCUUAAAACUCUGGAUGCCAUGGCUUUCAAUAAGUUUAAUGUCCUCCACUGGCACAUAGUUGAUGACCAGUCUUUCCCUUAUCAGAGCGUCAGUUUUCCUCAGUUAAGCAAUGAAGGAAGCUAUUCUUUGUCUCAUGUGUAUACACCAAAUGAUGUCCGUAUGGUUCUUGAGUAUGCCCGCUUACGAGGGAUUCGAGUCAUACCAGAGUUUGAUACUCCUGGACACACACUGUCUUGGGGAAAAGGUCAGAAAGGCCUCUUGACUCCAUGUUCCACAUCAUACAGGAAUGCAGAACUAACUUUUGGGCCUAUAAACCCUAUUCUAAAUACAACUUACACGUUCCUUACGACAUUUUUCAAAGAAAUUAGUAAUGUGUUUCCAGAUCAGUUCAUUCAUUUGGGAGGAGAUGAGGUGGAAUUUCACUGUUGGGCAUCAAAUCCCGCAAUUCAGAGUUUCAUGAAGACAAAAGGCUUUGGUAGUGAUUUUACCAAACUAGAAUCUUUCUAUAUUAAAAAGCUUUUGGAUAUUAUUGCUUCUCUAAAUAAGAGAUCCAUUGUCUGGCAAGAGGUUUUUGAUAAUAAAGCAAAGCUUCACCCAGGCACGAUAGUUGAAGUGUGGAAAUACGAAGAUUUUUAUGAAGAACUAAGGAAAGUCACAGCGGCUGGCUUCCCUGUAAUCCUUUCUGCUCCGUGGUACUUGGAUUUAAUUAACUAUGGGCAAGACUGGAAAAAAUAUUAUGAAGUGGAACCUUUAAAAUUUCAGGGUUCUGAGACGCAGAAACAACUUAUCAUUGGUGGAGAGGCCUGUCUGUGGGGAGAAUACGUUGACUCAACUAACCUCACUCCAAGAUUAUGGCCUCGGGCAAGUGCUAUUGGUGAGAGACUCUGGAGUCAAAAGGAUGUGGUGGAUAUCGAGGAUGCCUACAACAGGCUAACACAACACCGCUGCAGGAUGGUUAGACGUGGAAUAGCUGCACAGCCCCUCUUCACUGGAUACUGCAGCCAAGAUCAAAUCUAACAAGGAACUGAAACAGAGCAGGAGGGAAAUCCCACAACCACCAGCACUGCAGUCAUUGUGCAAUCAUGUCAAUUAAGAUGUUAGGCCUUAUUUUGAAUAAAAUAUUUUAUUGAUUGAA